ACUUCUUCGACAUUUUUGUGGCCAUUUCUACCCAUAGACAUAACUCCUACGUCAACACCGCCGCCACCACCACCGACCCCAAUACCUCCACCACCACCUACACUACCUCCAGCACCGACACCACCUCCGACACCGAUACUACCCCCAGCCCCAACACCGCCUACAGCCCCAACACCGCCUCCAGCUCCAACACCACCGCCAACUCCACCUCCACCACCUACACCACCCCCUAAACCACCAGAUCCUCCACCACCGCCUCCAACUCCUCCACCACCUCCACCUCCUACACUACCCCCAGCUCCAACACCACCUCUGAUACCUACACCACCUCCGGCCCCAACACCACCUCCUGCUCCAACACCUCCUCCACCUCCACCCCCUAAACCACCAGAUCCUCCACCACCACCACCUCCAGCUCCAACACUUCCACCAGCUCCUACCCCGGCGCCGCCGCCAACUCCUCCACCGCCACCAACUCCACCUCUACCUCUUCCACCACCUCCAGCUCCAGCACCACCUCCUGCACCUGCACCUCCCCCAAUUCCACCACCUAUUCCACCUCCAGCGCCAACACCCCCACCAAUUCCACCACCUGCACCGAUGCCUCCACCUCCACCGCCACCUCCUCGUCCACCAACUCCACCUCCUACUCCAACACCUCCACCAGCUCCACCUCCUACACCGCCACCUACCCCAACUCCACCUCCAGCACCAAUACCUCCACCACCUCCACCUCCACCUCUUCCACCACCGCCACCUCCACCUCCGACGCCACCACCAGCUCCACCUCCAACACCUCCACCAGCUCCACCUCCUACACCGCCACCUACCCCAACUCCACCUCCAGCACCAAUACCUCCACCACCUCCACCUCUUCCACCACCUCCACCUCCACCUCCACCUCCGACGCCACCACCAGCUCCACCUCCAACACUGCCACCAGCUCCAACUCCACCACCGACAACAACACCUCCUCCACCGCCACCUACCCCAACUCCCCCACCAACUCCACCUCCAGCACCGAUACCUCCACCACCACCACCUCUUCCACCACCACCAGCUCCACCUCCACCACUACCACCGACACUAAUACCUCCUCCACCACCACCUCCAGCACUGAUACCUCCACCACCACCUCUUCCACCACCACCAGCUGCAGCUCCAGCUCCACCACUACCACCGGCACCAAUACCUCCUCCACCGCCACCUCCAACACCGAUACCUCCACCACCACCACCUCUUCCACCACCACCAGCUCCACCUCCACUUCCAGCUCCAACACCACCACCAACCGCGCCUCCAGCUCCAACACUUCCCCCACCUCCAAUUCCGCCACCAGCACCAACCCCUCCACCUCCAGAACCACUACCACCUCCUCGUCCACCUCCACCACCGCUUACUCCACCACCUCCUCCAAAACUUCCUCCACCCCCUCCGCCACCACCUCUUCCACCACCACCUCUUCGGCCUCCUCGUCCUCCACCACCUCCACCAGCACCACCACCGAUUCCGCCUCCAGCGCCACCACCUACUCCACCUCCAACACUGACACCCCCACCUCCACCAAUAUCACCUCUGACUUCGCCUCCAGCUCCAAAACCUCCACCUCCACCUGCACCACUUCCUAAUCCUCCACCGCCACCACCUCCUCCACCUUUUUCUCUUCUACUUCCACCACCACUUUCACCUAUGUGACCACAUCCAUCUGUUUUCCCAUCACUACCAAUACAUACUCCUACAUGAUCUCCAUAUCUAUCGUGUUCAUUCCUUAGAAUAUUAUCUUCCCUCGCCAUUCUUCCUUGUACUAUUUCAAUAAGCAAAAAAUGCAUACAUAAUAGUACAACUAACAUGUUAAGACACAAAGAAACCCUCCCCAUUAUUAUUUUUCCUCUCAAGAGUAUUACACUUAAAUGUAUAAUUGUUGAGUGUUUAUUUCAAUAUAAUGUAUAUCACUCUCUUUCUAAGCUUUUUAUCCUCUCUUUUCUUCAACUUAAAUCAAUGUAUGUAGAAGUGACUAGCAAGAUGAAAAGCUUAGUUUUA